GCAGCGCUCCGGCGGACACAGCAGAGAGAACAGCGGACGCAGCUCGGCAUGAACCGGGCUCAGCGCGGGGCCGCGGGCAGCCGCGGCCUGGGCACCAUGGAGGUGAAGAGCAAGUUUGGGGCAGAAUUUCGACGAUUUUCUCUGGAGAGAUCCAAACCUGGCAAGUUUGAGGAGUUCUAUGGAUUAUUGCAGCACGUGCACAAGAUCCCCAACGUUGAUGUUCUCGUGGGGUACACGGACAUUCACGGAGACCUGCUGCCUAUCAAUAAUGAUGACAAUUAUCACAAAGCAGUUUCUACAGCCAAUCCUCUGCUCAGGAUUUUCAUUCAGAGAAAAGAAGAUGCAGACUACAGUGCCUUCGGGACAGACACCAUGACCAGGAAGAAGAACGUCUUAUCCAACGUGCUACGUCCAGAUAACCACAAGAAGAAGCCCCACAUUGUGAUCAGCAUGCCCCAGGACUUCAGGCCCGUGUCAUCCAUCAUCGACGUGGACAUUCUGCCCGAGACCCACCGCAGGGUGCGGCUCUACAAGUACGGCACUGACAAACCCCUGGGCUUCUACAUCCGCGACGGCUCCAGCGUCAGGGUCACCCCGCACGGCCUGGAGAAGGUGCCAGGCAUCUUCAUCUCCAGGCUGGUCCCCGGGGGGCUGGCUCAGAGCACGGGCCUGCUGGCUGUCAAUGACGAGGUGCUGGAGGUGAACGGGAUAGAGGUGUCAGGGAAGAGCCUGGAUCAAGUUACAGACAUGAUGAUUGCAAACAGCCGCAACCUGAUCAUCACGGUCAGACCCGCCAACCAGAGGAACAACGUGGUGAGGAACAGUCGGACUUCGGGCAGCUCUGGCCAGUCCACUGAGUCCAGCCUUCCCAGCAGCACCCCCAACAUCCUGGGCAGUGUGCUGCAGGGAGAGGAGGAGAGCGAUGACGAGGACAUUAUUAUUGAAGACAGUGGUGAGCCACAGCAGAUCCCAAAAGCUGCGCCCACCAGCGAAAGCAUAGAAUCCUUAUCACAAAUUGAACUGCUCCACGAGUCCACGCAAAAUGGGUUCCUUCCUUCCAGUGAGAUGAACUUGAAUCACUCAGCAGGCAGCAUUAGCAUGGAGUAUGAAGUACCAGAGCAGGGGCAGAAGUCCUUAGAAGAAGAUGGAACUAUAAUAACACUAUGAAAUGGCAUUGGUGUACUUCGGAUAAGUAAGGAUGCCAUACAUGUUUUAAUCGGGCUUAAUAUGUAACACAUUUUAUACCUCUCCAUCUACCAAGCACUGCAGUUAGAUUAAAAGGAGGGAAAAAAGUAAAUACAAGAAAUUCAAAAUUACGUAAGUUGACUAACUUCAUUAAUUCUGCACUUCAGUGUAAAUAAUUCACAAAGCUGGAUGAUAAUUGAUAAAUAGCUGAAAUUGAAUGAAGAAAAUUUAAAUUGAGAAUGAAGGAUAGCUAAGAGAUGGCUGUGAGCUUUCUUUUAAAGGUACUUGAUUUUUAUUAUUUUUUUAAUGCCGUAUACUACUGGUUCUAUGGAAGUAAACUUCCUCACGUGUGAGGCUGACCAUGUCAUGGACUGUGGUUUCACCUGGUGUUCCUCUGAAGUGCUGCUCUCGUGUGAUGGAGCUGCUCCAGCCCCUCACUGCUGUCCUGGCUGCUGCUCCACUGGCAGAGCUGUGCGUGGGCUCUGGGCAAGAGGAAACUGGGAGAGAGCUGGCUUGGGCUGGGAAGAGCUGGGAGUGGUGACACAGGGACAGCAGGGCUCUGUGGGCAGCACCUGCACUGGGGCUUGGGAGGGCACUGCUCCUUAGUGAGUGAAUGUGCAACCACAGGCUCAUUAGUCAGGCACCAUUACUGUUUUUAAUGGCCAGGCAAGCUUACUUUUAAUGACUCUGAUUUUGAAAUUCAAAUGUGAAAGUCUUAACACUAAUGCAUCAAAGACCUGUUCUCAUUCUAGUUUGCCAUAUUUAAGAAUAUCAUUGGAUUUAGUUACUAAUCCCAGUAAAUUACAAACAAAGGUAAACUUAAUGCUAUGGAAAUAGCAUAACAUAGUCUCUGUUACAAUUGCAGUCCUAGUAGAAACUGUAAAGAUUUCUACUAGCAAAGGUUUGUUGGAAUGAGUCUGGAUUGUAUAAAAGUGACUUUCUUCAAACCUGAACAAGUUAGAACAGUCUAAGUUAAAUCCCUGAAUUAAAAAAACAAGUUUUAAAUCAGAAUGAGGCUUUACUACACCUUGUUUGAGCCAUGUGAUAAUAACUGUGGCAGGAAAGUGAACUGGGGACUGACAGGACUGGGAGAAGGAUGUCCCCAGGGAUGCUGUGGCCUGUCAGGAGGAGUGGGGUGCUGCUGGUUGUGUCCUGUGCUCCCCAGAGCAGCAGUCAGAUGCUUGGGAGUGUUCCACCCUCUGGGAAGGUGGGAUGAGUGGGAAGGGAGACUCACCCCUUUCUUUUUUUUCCCCUCAGUCUAUUUGAGGAAAAUCUACCUCUACUAACAGGAGACCAACUGUAAGUUUAAUGUUAGGGCAUCUGUAAAAGUCUUCACAGACUGUCAAGAGGCUAAACCUGUGUUUGUUUCAGGUUUUUGUGAUGAUGCAAACUCUGCUGCAGAAACAAAUCCCUGCUGUUUGAUGUUACAAAGUGCACAUUUGAGAUUAGUAUCUGAUGAGCAGUAGUUUUCUCAAAGCUCCAAUGCCACUGGAGUCCAAGAUGCCAGGAGAGGCAUUCAUUCCCUUUGGGAUUUGUGGAGUUAGGCACAGCAGGCAGUGGUACUCUGCAAAUGCAGGUGAGGGGCUCUUUUGUCACUCUUAUUUAUGGUUUCUUUGUGUGUGUGUGUGUGUGGAGAGCCCUGGAAUCUUUUACAAGGGCAAGAUCUUUCAAGUGUUUCACUUGUUUUGCUAAUAAUUAUUAAAAAUGAAGUAACUACAUCCAGUUAGUGUGAAAUGAGCAAAAGAAAUGUUCAUUCUGCACCAUGGAGACUUUACCUGGACAUGUUUUCUCUCAACGCUGCUCUACACUUCCUUUCUUUGUGGAAGAUUGUUUACUUUGAAAAUAUCUUUUUUAUUUUCCUUUGUCAAAAGACUUCCCUUCCUGUAUGAAAUCACCAGUGGAGGGUGAGACUUAAAAUUCUGCUAGUUUGCACUUCUGUGCCUUUGGUUUACUUGAAUGUAUUGUGAAUAAUCAAAGGAAUAAAGGCACUUGGAUGGGAAGAGAAGAGAGGUCCAGAGGUGCAGAGAAUGAGCUGGUAGUGCACUUCAGGCAGGUGUUAUGAUUUCAUUCCGUGCAGAUCCACCUCGAGGUGUGGUCCACGAGGAUUUUGCAGCUCUGACCAUCUGGGAGGGCUGAGCCUGGGCAGGUUCCCCCCCGAGGCUGCUGUGCUGCCAGGCACGUGCAUGGGUACUUUGAAUUGUAUUUAUGCCAGUAUUAAGGACUUGUAGAAAUUGAACUGGGGUCCUACCCUAAACUGCAUGAGACUUCAUCUCUAGGACCUUUCCUGCAAACUGAGUAAUCUAAACGUGACAUAAUGUUCUUUAUGACAUAGAUCAUGUUCUGUUUCACAGAAAUUUGGUGGCAUGUAGUAAAAACUAAGCAUUUGGGACUUGAUAAAAACUUUAAAAAAUAAAUCUAAAAAAUGUAUAUUUACAGUUACAAUGACAGACUGCACGGCAUGUAAUUGCUUAAUGCUGCAGUUACCAUAAAGUUUCUAAAGUUCUUCCAUAUCUUACUAAUACAUACACUGUUAAUUACAAAAGAUUUUUAAAUUGCUAUUUCGGGAUGAUCAAUGGUUGAUUAUGAGUGGCUAAAUUUAAUUUUAUAUAUAAAUGAUACCGGGAUUCAGUAUAAGGUUUUUUAAAAUAUGCUGAUAUUGUUAGCCUUUCAUUCACUACCUCCUAAAUUUUUAACAUCUAUACUGUUUUCUCCCUGGAAGACAAUACUUAAAGGCUUGACUGUUUUAUAUAGAUUUUAUCUAUAGCUAAAAAGAGGAGAAGAAAAUCCAGAAGUGCUAGUGAGGAUGCUGCGCAUGAUUGACAAUAUUCCGCUGCUAUUGAUGUAAUCUGUGUAUUAAGUAUCCUGUGUGUGUAAAUUGUAUUUUCAAUCCAGAUUUUAUAAAUUAAUUUAUGAGAUAUUCCAAAUUAUUUCAGAAUGGAAUGAAAAACUAAAAUUCCUUUGACUAGUGUUAUAUGUUGUGUACAUGCACAGAGGGGGAAAGUGAUUCCUCCGUGGUGACUGGGAGAUCUAAGUGCACCUUAAUAGGAAGAAGAACAAAUUCUUAAUAGAAUUAAGAUGCAUUUACUUUGAAGUUCUGCAGUGGUACUGGAGAAGUCAAGCCUAACUGUGAAUCAUGGUUUUUUUCCACACCUGAAUUAAAUUUAGGACAAUGUUCUCACAAGCUGUCUUUAACAUGUGUAUUUUUGUGAAUAUUAUGUAUUUUCUAAUUAAAUUUUACUUGCAAUGUGAUUUUUACAUGAAUGAACUUGUUUAAAAUGUCAAAUAUCAGUAUUUUUCUUACAACUUUAAUGUAUAAUGUACAUUGGUAUCUCACCGAAUGAAGAUUGAUUUUACAAAAAUCAAGCUAGAUGUAGUUGUAUAUUAGUCUUAUAUUUUUACAGACCAAAAUAAUAAAUGGAUAUAGAAAUGAAA